AAUGUCAAUAAUGACAGUAUGAUUCCUUUCUUCUUCCUACUAAUAUCUUAGUAAUUAAACUCAUUUCUUCUUAAUCCCCUCAAAUCUUGAAGCAUCGCAUGCACUUCAACACAAAGUUCUUGGAAUAAGUGUGUAGUAUAGAUACAGUUUCCUUGAUCACACUUAAAUUGCUUUGCUUGCAAUCUUGUUGGAGUACCUAAUCUAGGAUUGAGUCAGAUUUAAAUCCACCCUCGACAAAAAUCAUAGAGACUAUUUCAAGAUCAUAUGUUGUAGUGCACCACAGGGAACAUAAAUGUCUAGUAAUUAUGGAAUUUGAAUCCAAUAAUGAGAAAAUGGUAGCUAAGAUAGUUGAUCUUCGGUCAGAUACAGUGACAAAACCAACUGAAGCAAUGCGAGGUGCCAUGGCAAUUGCUGAGGUUGAUGAUGAUAUUCUUGGACGUGACCCCUCCUGUGUUCGGUUGGAGACAGAGAUGGCAAAGUUGUUGGGAAAGGAAGCUGCAGUUUUUGUUCCAUCAGGCACCAUGGCCAACCUUAUAUCUGUGCUUGUGCACUGUGACAUUAGAGGGAGUGAAGUUAUUCUUGGACACGAUUCCCACAUACACAUUUAUGAGAAUGGAGGCAUUGCAACCCUCGGAGGGGUGCAUCCAAGAACAGUUAAGAACAAUGAAGAUGGCACAAUGGACAUUGCUUUGAUCGAGGCUGCAAUCAGAGAUCCAAAGGGAGAAUUGGUAUAUCCAACCACAAGGCUUAUUUGCUUGGAAAAUACUCAUGGAAACUGUGGUGGUAGAUGUCUUUCUGUUGAAUACACAGACAGAGUAGGAGAGGUUGCUAAAAAACAUGGAUUGAAGCUUCACAUUGAUGGAGCCAGAAUAUUUAAUGCAUCAGUUGCACUAGGUGUCCCGGUGGAUAGGCUUGUUCAAGCAGCUGAUUCAGUUUCGGUAUGUCUGUCAAAAGGCCUUGGUGCUCCAGUUGGAUCAGUGAUUGUUGGUUCCAAUAGCUUUAUCAGCAAGGCUAGAAGGCUGAGAAAAACCUUAGGUGGUGGAAUGAGGCAAGUUGGUAUCCUUUGUGCAGCUGCACUUGUUGCUUUACAGGAAAAUGUUGAAAAGCUAGAAAGUGAUCACAAGAAAGCUAAACUUUUGGCUGAUGGAUUGAAUGAAAUUAAAGGCCUUAGAGUGAACACCUCUGCUGUGGAAACCAAUAUGAUAUAUGUCGAAAUUGAAGAGGGCUCAGGAAUUACAGCAUCGAAGCUGUGCAAGGACUUGGAAGACUAUGGUAUUCUUCUCAUGACACUUGGCUCAUCAAGAUUGAGAAUUGUGUUCCACCACCAAAUAUCUGGAAGUGACGUUGAGUACACCUUGUGGUGCUUUCAGGAAGCUGUGAAUGGUGUACGAAAUGAAAAUGGGAAGUAAUGGACCAAACUGAAAUUUGCAAUUUCAUUCCAUGAUGAGAAUAAUAAGCAUGAAGCUUUGUGAAAAAGCUCCAAACUUUUCUCUGCAUUGGGAAACAAUGUUCAGUGAAGCCACUAAUAAUAUUUAUGGAUAAAUCUCUAUUUCCUUGACUUA